AUGAGCUGCUUCAAUAAGCCGAUCAGUCAAGCCACCUCGCUCUCCUCUCAAUCAUCCCACGCAGCCUUCACCCUCUUCUCCCGCUCCGCCUCCUCCCGCCUCUUCCUCUCCCGCUCCUCAUCUCGCCUCUUCCUCUCCUUCUCCCGCAUCACCCGAUCAUACUCGCGCUCCUCCUCCGUCCGCCGCGGCGCCCGCACCCCCAGCCCCGCCGCAAUCAACCGCCCCGCCACCGCUGUCGUCUUCUCCGGCCUGCGCGCCGGACUCGCCGUCCCGCUCCCGCUCCCGCUCCGCUCUCUCGCCUCACCCCCCUCAUACGCAUACGAAUACAGUCCUCGUCUAUUCUCAACUUCUACCUCUCGCAAUGGAUACGCCGACACUAUCCCGAACCUCAAGAUUGGGAAACAUACCCGGGUAAUGUAUCAAGGCUUCACGGGAAAGCAAGCAACAGCAAAUGCCCAGCAGUCAAUUGAAUGGGGUACUCAGAUUGUUGGAGGGGUGAAACCCGGCACUACAUCAGAGCAUCUUGGUCUUCCGGUUCUACCCAGCGUGAGAGCGGCCAAGGAGAAGCUUAAUCCAGAUGCAACUGCCAUCUUCGUUGCUGCUCAGCAUGCCGCGUCAGCUAUCGAGGAGGCAAUUGAGGCGGAGAUCCCUUUGAUAGUAGCCGUUGCGGAGCAUGUUCCUCUGCAUGAUGUGAUGCGGAUACAUUCUAUUCUCAGCACCCAGUCAAGGUCACGACUAGUAGGCGCCAAUGCCCCUGGAAUCAUCUCAGCUAUUGGUAAAUGCAGAAUUGGAUUCCAACCCCUGUCAACCUUCUCUCCUGGUCAUAUAGGCAUUGUAGCCAAAUCUGGAACUCUGAGCUACGAAACUGUUGGAUCGUUGACAAGAGCUGGGCUAGGUCAAAGUUUGUGCAUUGGGAUGGGCGGUGAUGUAAUAGCUGGCACUGACUUCGUUGAUGGCCUCACUGUCUUUGAGACAGAUGAGGAUACCGAGGCCAUUAUCUUAGUGGGCGAGUUGGGUGGGACUGCGGAAGAGGAGGCCGCUGAGUGGAUCAGGGACUACAAGAAGCGGACCAAGAACCCUAAGCCGAUCGCCGCCGUGAUCGGUGGCUUCCAGGCUGUCUCUGGCCAAGUUAUGGGACAUGCAGGAGCCUGGACUGGGAUAGGGGAGGGUAAUGCGGAGAGCAAGUAUAAAGCUUUGGAAAGGGCUGGAGUUACGAUGGUAGAUCAUCCAGCUAAGUUCGGGAAUGUAAUGAAAGGCCUCCUCUCAAGCAGUGGAAGGAAUGUUCAAGACAUUCAAAAAUCUGCUGCAAACCAGCGAAGGUCAUAUCACACCUCCCGAAUACCGCUUCGUUCGCAGCCAUCAUUCUCUUACUCAAAGUUUUUGCCUCAAUCUCGUGGCCUCCACAUCACCACAGAUCAAGCCGUCGACCUCCUCGCUCCUUACAACAUCUCCGUCUCUCCAAGCCUGCCUUCGCCGUCAGACUCCACCCACUUUGUCGGCAUCACCGUCGACCGCUCCGCCCGCAGCCCCUGCAUCAUCACCUCCCCAACCACCAACCCAGAACACCUAUCCAAACGCUCCCGCCGCUUCCCCUUCGACUACCGCACCGGCCCGACCCAAUCCACCAUCCUCGCCGCCCUCUCGCACCUCCAACUCUCCGCCGCGCCACCCACCGCCAAAGCCGCCUCCUCCUCUCUCAUUUCAAACCUCUGGGCCCUCUACAAAGCCAAAGAAGCCCUAACACUCACCGUCCACCUCUCCCUCGCCCCCUCCUCCGCCACCCUCGCCAUCUCCAGCCCCUCCUUCACCUUCGACGACGCCGCCUUCGCAUCCGCCCACCGCCACGCCGCCCUCCACGCCCUCCGCGCGCCCCUCUCGCCCACCGCCGCCGCCGCCGAGACCUCCGGCAUCGUCUAUAUCCCCCUCCCCUCCCCUCCUCACACUUCCCCGACAAACCUCAUCGGCACCCUCGUCAACGGCGCCGGCCUGGCCAUGAACACGCUCGACGUCCUGCGCACCCGCCUCCCGCACACCGCCCCCGCGAAUUUCCUCGACACGGGCGGCAAGGCGACCGCCGCGACCAUCGCGACCAGCUUCCGGCUGAUCCUUGCGGACCCGCGCGUCGCGGUCGUGUUUGUGAAUAUCUUUGGCGGGCUGACGCUGUGCGAUAUGAUUGCGGCGGGCGUGGUGCUGGCGUACAAGGAGGUGGGGGUGGACAAGCCGGUGGUGGUGAGGCUCAGGGGGACGAAUGAGGAACAGGGGCGGCGGGUGUUGGCGGAGAGUGGGUUGCCGAUUGGGGCGUUUGAUGGGUUUGAGGAGGCGGUUGCGGAGGUGGGGAGGGUGGCCGGGAUUGUGAGCUCGUAG